UUGUGGUCUAGUGUCGUUUUAUAAAGCAUGAAAAUGACAGUGUUUCAUGUUUUUUUUUUUUGGUUUUGGUGAUGUGGGCGGUCCACAGCCAUGGCAGGGCUUAUCAAACUGAGAGUAUUAUAUACAACAAUACUCAGCUGCCUUAUAAAGAAAAUAUGAAUGCUGAAACUGUAAUCAACAGCAAAUUGAAGCAGGGGCACAGUUUCAUGUUGGCCGCAGAUACCAUUGUGCACGGUCUAUGGCCGCAAAAUACUAGUGGUGGACUCAUUGACUGCAAAGGAGCUAAAAAUACUGCUCCCUUUAACUUUCCAAAGCUGGAACACUACGAAGAUGGACAUCUCGUGCACAAGUUGAAUGAUUUUUGGCCGAACCUAAUAAUAAAUAAACCAAAUUAUAACUAUUGGAAACAGGAAUUUGAAAAGCAUGGCUCUUGCUUCUUCCCAACACAAGAGCAGUAUUUCGAAUCAACUGCUUGGAUGGUGGAUCAAAUUCCAGGGCUGACUCCAAAGCUUGAAAGUGAAGGCAUUUGCCCUGGUACAUCUCAUUUGUUUAAGGAUCUCCAACAAAAGAUUAUUAAAGCCACUGGAUUCAUCCCGAAGCUGGAAUGCUACCAAAGAAAUGGAACUAAUCGAUUGUUCCGGAUAUACUUCUGUUUCGACAAAUCCAAAUUUCUGUAUAAUUGCAGUGAUAGUAAGUUAACGCCAAACAAUAUUAAGUGUGGGUAUGGGGAGGUCAAAAUCAAACUUCCUUAGCCACAUCGUCCUCGGCAUGGACCAUAAACUAGUAUAAGGUCAACAAUGCCAGUGGAAAUUUAGUAAAAUUGUCUUUGGUGUGUGGAAAUUUGGAAGUUAUUUCUGUUAGUUGAUGCAGUCCUCUUGCUCCUUUGUUUAAUUGUUGGUAUCUUCUUAUUAUGAAUAAUGUAUCUGUAACCGAAGGCAAAACAGUGGCUUAUGAUUGUUUGUACUUGGUCGUGCAGUGGCCAAUGUCAUUCUGCAACAUCAGUCCUCUUGCUCCUUUGUUUAAUUUGUUGGUGUCUCUGGUUGUACUCUUUUCGUACUUU